AUGGCCGGUAACUUUUGGCAAAGUUCACAUCACCAACAAUGGAUGUUAGAUAAACAAGAUCUUAUUAGGGAUCGUCAACACGAUCUAUCAAAAUUAACGGAAGAAGAGUACCAAAAAAUAUUCAACUUUUUUGCUAGUAUAAUUCAGGUUUUAGGCGAACAACUCAAACUGCGGCAACAAGUAAUAGCUACAGCUACUGUUUAUUUCAAACGUUUUUACGCUCGCAAUUCGCUAAAAUGCAUUGAUCCCUUGCUUUUAGCACCGACAUGUGUAUUUCUUGCUUCUAAAGUAGAAGAGUUUGGAGUCAUAUCUAAUUCAAGACUAAUAACCACUUGUCAAACAGUCAUUAAAAACAAAUUCAGUUAUGCAUACGGCCAGCAAGAAUUUCCAUAUAGAACCAAUCAUAUAUUAGAAUGCGAAUUUUACCUCUUAGAGAACUUGGAUUGCUGUUUGAUUGUUUUUCAACCAUACAGGCCUCUUUUACUCUUUGUGCAAGACAUAGGUCAAGACGAUCAGUUGUCUACUUAUGCUUGGAGAGUAGUCAAUGAUUCCUUGCGGACAGAUGUCAGUUUAUUGUAUCCACCUUACCAGAUUGCAAUUGGUGCCUUACAUAUUGCUUGUGUUAUGUUAGGUAAAGAAAACCUGAAACCAUGGUUUGCAGAGCUUAAUGUUGAUAUGGAUAAGAUUCAAGAAAUUGUAAGAGCAAUAAUCAAUUUAUAUGAAAUGUGGAAAAAUUAUGAUGAGAAAAAGGAAAUUCAAGGUCUACUAGCGAAGAUGCCAAAACCAUGCCCUGCUCCACAGAGAUAA